GGCAUGACACGUACCUGUACAAAAAAGUUGGUGGUGGAGCACGACAGCCGGAGAGGCGGCGGCCGGAGUAUCGUACUUUCCUAAACACUGUGUCACUGUGUCACACUGCGUCAUCUCCUCUGGUCCUCUACUGCUGUCGCUGUGUUAGAGUUCCACAUCAGCUUUUAGAUCAAAGAAGCAGCCAUGGGGUCGCCAAUUUACAAUCCGGGUGAGCCAUACAUGACGGUAAUUCCUGGAGGUUUCACACCAGGAAAAAUUGCUCACGUUACGGGAACAUUCACGCCAAAUGCCACCAGCUUUAUCCUGAAAUUUCAAUCUGGACCAACUGGUGAUCCUACUGAUGAAAUUGGUCUGUGUAUGUAUGGGCGAGUGGUGGAGGGGUUGGUGGGGAGGAAUGCCUUCACCCGUGCUGCAGGCUGGGGACAAGAGGAGGCUACCAACACCAUGGCUCUGGCACGUGCACAAAAUUUUGACGUCACAAUCUUCUGUGAUCCAGUGCAUUACAAGAUUGCUUUGAAUGGCCAGCAUUUUGCUGAAUUCGCACAUCGCACCAACCCAGCCACCAUGACGUACAUAAAUGUUGCCAGCACUAGUCAAGAUAUGAACCUGGCAUGCAUUUGGAUUGAGGAUCCUGUUGCUUCUAGCCAAGCUCCUCCAUAUGCACAAGGGUCACCCAUGGGAGGGGUGCCAUACCCACCACAAAAUAACUAUGGUGCCCCACCGCCGUACUCUGGGGGUCCAGGAUAUGCACCAGUUUACUCUAGCCCAGCAUACCAGCAAGCUGCACCUCAACAGUAUGGACAACCAGCACCGGCCGCACACAGCAACAGUGGUGGCAAAGGGCUGCUGGGAAUGGUAGCUGGAGCAGGGACAGCUGUUGCUGGGGCCUUGGGUGUAUCUCAUCUCAUGGGGAAAUCCAAAUCAAGUGGUGGAUACCCCGGGCAAGGAGGAUACCCAGGGCAAGGAUACCCUGGUCAAGGAGGCUACCCAGGUCAAGGAUACCCUGGGCAAGGAGGCUACCCGGGGCAAGGUUCUCAUGGUGGUUCUGGGGGACUUCUGAACAAGGCCUUGGGGAUGGGGGGUGUCCUGGGAGGAGCAUCCAUGUUGGGACACUCGAAAAAAGGCAUGAUGGGUGGCAAGGCAAUGAAGUACGGUGUUCCGUUGGCUGGCCUUGGAGCUCUUGGGGCCGGUGGCUACAUGGUGUCAAAGGGUAUGCACGGUUUCCAUGGAGGCUCUUCGUCAUCCUCAGGCUCCAGCGAGGAAGAGGAAUAGAAAGAGGUGUCGCCCCAUGGUGCUUCAUGUGCUACCACCAUCCAUUUUAUAAUCCUGUGAUAGUGCUGUGAAAGCCUAGAACAAAUUUAGCAGUUAGGUUUAGAUGUCGGUUUGCCUUAGAUUUGCAGAUUUUUUAAGAGUUCAGAUUAUACUGUGUAUAAAAUGCUCAAUUUUAAUUAAUGAAAAAAUAUCGUCAUGAAAGUUUAAUUUAAUUAUGCAGUGUUAUAUUUAACAAGAAUUAAUGUAAAGUCACAUUAAACAACAUAAGUUUUCUGAUAAAAAUUAGUAUUAAAAAUUAUUGAUAUCUAAUAAAACAGAUGCAACAAAUUAUGAGGUUUACAGCAGCAUUAUGAUAACACACUACACUCAGAACACACGAUCACGGCUAUAAAACUUUCCCUUUUAAGCCGAAAAAUUAAAUAUAGUAAUUAACUUCUGUGGGGUGAAUCCAUGUGUUAUGAAGUACAGUACUUGUAUGAAAUUGUUCAGUUACAGUACACUAUUCCUUGACAUUUUUUGUUCUGUGGUACAGUAUACAAAGAAGACACAAGAUAAUUAACUUUUGCUUAAAGAAGAGCAGUGAGCAGAAUUCUUCAAUACCUGCUUGAUGGGGUUCUGGGAGUUGUUCUUCUCCCCAAGCCCAGCCUGAGGCCAGGCUUGAACAUGGUAUUGUCACUUACUAAAGUUGGGUGCCCAACUGGUAAUUUGGUGUACGCUAAUUUCUAUAAUAUACCAUGUGUGUCUACUUGAUGGCUUGUGGUAAAAAUCCAACCGAUUCCCAAAUAUACAGCCAGAAAAUUGCUAGAUGCAUGUGUUGCUUAGUCUGUGAUAGUAUCUACACGAUCAUUAAUGGUUAUAUAUAUAUGCAGUACAGUAUGUAUGUACAGUAUUUUAUAUAUAUAUAAAUAAAAUUUUACAGACAUUGAUGCCUGCUAAGAUGACAUUGUCCAAUCUCUCAACAAGUGUUGCUUUACUUGCUGUAUCUCCAAUCCUGCUACAACAUUUCAGGUACAGUUAAAGAUACUGUAUACAGUACGUAUAAACACCAUUAGUUUUCUAAUGGGGCGUUACACUUAAGAGUUGCACGCGGUCAUAAUGUUGUUAUAUUCUAUUCUUUGUAAAAACCUAAAUUUAAGUUCUCAAUAGUUUUAAAUUUGAUUAAGAGUUUAGUAAUUUUGUUAUAGUGGAGGGCAGAUUCUCUCAGGCCAGUUGGAUACCAAAUGUUGCCUUUUAUCUUCAGUCAUGUUUGGAGUAAUGUAAACAUUAGGUAAGCCCUAUAUUAUGGAAUCUCUUUCAGGUUGCUUUACUCGUCAGUUAAGAAAUUCUCGUCUUACAUUGACAGAGUACGUGUUUUUUUAGGUUUUAAAUGCUAUUCAUUAGUUAAUUUAGAAAAAUUAUAUUAGAGAUAAUAUAUAUAUAUAUAUAUCUAAAUAAUUUAUUAGUUCAUAACUUUAGUGUGAUGGAUAGAUGUUUAAUACAGUAGUUCACUAGCCUAAUUUUCUAAAACACUAAUUUUCAGUGAAAAGUUUGGACAACUAUAAUCACAGUACAAGUUUUACAUGUUAAUGUGAAACUUAUGAUUGUGAGACGAUUGAUUGUUAAGAAUGUAUUUAUAUGGCAGUAGUAAUGUAGUGAGAGGUUAGUGAAUAUGUGCAUAUUUAGAACCAGGCAUAGAGAACUGAUAACGGAUGUAUCGUGGGUUUCACAUCAGGGACAGGAAGCCCAUUAGGUUAGUGAACCUCAACAAGUCUAACUACCGACUGUGUUCAUAAUACAACACACUCCCACAGCUGUAUAACUCCUGGGUACCUAUUUACUCAUAGGUGGCUAAGAAAAGGAGGAUUGUUUCAUGCGAGAGAAUGAAAGGAACCAGUUGAUUACCUGGGUGUCCAGGUAAUCUUCGUGUGUCCAGUCUUUACAGAUAUAGAGAACUUUACUAUAAGUUUCAGCUUGCAUAAAUGAAAAGGAAAAUUUAUCCUUUUCAAUAAAGUGAAAAGUGAAUACUGAACCUGUGUUCUCCCUAUGAGUGUAUCUUAGAAUCUCGUCACAUGUUUGCCAAUUUAAUACCAUAUUUAGCUUAACAUUGCUCAGCAUUUUAUAAGAGGCUGAUUUUGUGAAAAAUGUUGAACUUGAGCAGUUUUAUGCAGUAGUUGUUAAAGAUAUUCAAUCAGUUGAUGCCAAGGUCAUUUCAUAAUUAUUUAUAUUCAACAAUAUAUUGUAUCUUUAUCUAAGUGUGAUUAGGUGUUUCUCAAUUUCCUCCUCAUUCAUGUUGCUAAUAUUAAAAACUUGUUGGGGAAGCUGUAGCUCCCUCCAUCUUUCCCCCAAUGCACACCUUACUACCCUCUCCUUCCAUCCAUCCUACACUGCCCUGCUCCUUAUUGUCAAACCCAUUAUGUCCCACUUACAGUUGUGCACCUCCUUGUGGACUGUUCCGAUUUUCAGGACAAUUGCACGUCUUGCUUUCCUAAUGGUCCCUCAAGGUCAUUUGUCUUUACAAAAUCCUUGAUCAAUCUGAUACCUUGAUAUUGCUCAGAUUAUUAGUGUUUGUUCACAAAUAUUACUGAGGAUGGAAAUAUAAUGCCUUUUGAAUAUCCAGCGACACUCCUGGUGCUAUGCUAGUCUCCCUGGCUUGAUGCCUUUGUUCGAUGAUUACUUGGAACUCCCCUUCAUCCUCUCUGUCCUCGCCUUCCUUCCUCCCUUCCAUUCUUACCCUCACCCUCCACCCCCCAAUACCUCACCCUAACCCUCCAUCCCCCACCACUAUCUUUGCUCUUUCUACAUCCACCUCCAUUCUACUCUCGCUCUUUCAAAUCUGGCUUAACCGACGGAAUGGUAUUAGAUUAAGUGAAUACUGAAUAUGAACAAAUAUUUUUAUGGCUUAUAUUACUGGUAUAGUACAUCAUUUUAAAAUAUUCCUGAAAUUAUUACACAGUUUGUUCAGAAUAUUACAAACACAUGUCUGUGUCUAUAAAUAUCAGUUACUGUACAUAAUAAGUAUUCACUAAUAUUUAAGAUACCUUGAUGAGAAAUUGUGUAUAGUUGUACUCCUGGUUCAAAACUGGCCUGAAUGUGGGACUUCUACUUGCAUAGUCAUUUAACUGGCAACUACACCAUAAAAAAGUUUUUUUUUUUAAGAGUUAGCAAGUGUCUGAUCUUGGGGUAAUCCUUGACACAUCUUGUUAGCAAUGAAUGUGUAUAGAUAUGUAGGCAAAGACUUCUUUAUCUUAAAAAGAAAACUGAGUUAUUUAGUUUGAAGAGCUAUAGAGCCAUUGUUAAGGUCACAAUUAUCACCGGUAGUGACGGUGACAGGUCAUUAUCUCACUACCUCAUUGUUGAAUAUAUCAUAAAUCAAAAUUUAUUAUACAGUAAUUUGUUUCAAAAUACUUACUAAAUACUGCUUUGCUGCAAGUGUUAUUUUUAUAUCAAUAAAAUAUUUGAAUUCUG